UAUAUAUAUCCCUCACGUAACUUGAGCUUUACGUACGUAGUUUCUAUACCCAAACCUUGACUUCAUGGCACCAGCAUCAAAUCAGGUGGGUGGUCAUGUGGCGGUGCUAGCCUUUCCCUUCUCGACUCACGCCGCUCCGCUGUUGAACAUCGUCUGCCGCCUCGCCGCCGCCACCCCAAACACCCUCUUCUCAUUCUUCAACACCAAGCAAUCCAAUAGCUCGAUCCUAGCAAGCAACACGUCGUCCAUACUACGUAACAGUAACGUAAGGGUGUGUGAGGUGGCGGAUGGUGUGCCGGAGGGGUAUGUUUUUGUGGGUAAGCCUCAGGAGGACAUAGAGUUGUUCAUGAAGGCUGCCCCGGACAACUUCAGGCGGUGCUUAGAGGCGUCCGAGGCGGAGACCGGGAGGAAGGUCAGCUGCUUGGUCACUGACGCUUUCUUUUGGUUCGGGGCUCACAUGGCCGAUGACUUGGGAGGACUGCCUUGGGUACCGUUUUGGACCGCCGGGCCAGCUUCACUCUCCGCUCAUGUACACACCGAUCUCAUCAGGAACACAACUAGUAUGGGUGGUCACGAUGGAAAUGAAACCGUCACUGUCAUUGCAGGAAUGUCCAAAGUACGACCCCAGGAUUUGCCAGAGGGAAUCAUCUUUGGAAAGUUGGACUCCCUCUUUUCACGGAUGCUACACCAGAUGGGACUAAUGCUACCACUUGCGACGGCAGUUUUCAUCAACUCCUUCGAAGAACUAGACCCUGUGAUCACAAAUGAUUUGAAGUCCAAAUUCAAACGGUACCUCAACGUGGGACCCUUCGACCUACUAGAGUCACCAGCACCAGCAGCCACCACCACACUGCAGACUGGGGACGUUGUUGUCGGAGAUGGCUGCUUAUCGUGGCUUGACAAACAGAAGGCGGCGUCUGUAGUGUAUGUGAGUUUUGGAUCAGUAACAAGACCAUCGCCGGAGGAGCUUAUGGCGCUAGCCGAGGCGUUGGAAGCCAGUAGGGUUCCAUUCUUGUGGUCUCUUCGGAACAAUUUGAAGACUCCUAAGCUAGACGAGUUCAUAAGCAAAGCAGAAUUGAACGGGAUGGUGGUGCCUUGGGUGCCACAACCACAGGUCCUAGCACAUGGUUCAGUUGGAGCAUUCGUAACACAUUGUGGUUGGAACUCGGUGCUUGAGAGCGUAGCAGGUGGAGUGCCCAUGAUAUGCAGGCCUUUCUUCGGCGAUCAGAAACUUAACGCGAGGAUGGUAGAGGAUGAGUGGAAGAUUGGUCUCAAAUUGGAGGGUGGGGUUUUCACCAAGAAUGGCAUGCUUAAGAGUUUGGACAUACUAUUGUCGCAAAAGAAGGGGAACAUAAUGAGAGACAAGAUCAACACAUUCAAACAACUCGCACAACAGGCCGUAGAACCAAAAGGGAGCUCCACUAGGAACUUUGAAUCAUUGUUGGAAGUGAUAUCUACAGCCAAUUAAGUAUAACCACAAAUAUAUUCCAGAAGAACAAAGAACUACUACGGGUUACAGUUGAAUGAA